AUGAACGCGGCUUGGGUGGUGCACGUGUACCAGCACCCCGAGGCGUGUCUGCCGUACCUACUCCUCCACAGCGCCGCCUACGGCCGGUACCUCGCCGCCACGAACGUGCAGGCGCCGCAGGGCCACCACAGGCACCGCGUCGAGCAGCGGGGCUGCGACCAUCCGGAGGUGGAUCUAAUCCCUUGGCGGGCCAUCCGGACGGAAUCCGGAGACGAAGUCUACCUCGACCACUUCCACGGCGGCUGCCUCCGCGCCAACUGGAACACCGGCGUCAGCGUCAGCGUCGACGACCCCGACAACCCCAGCCCGACGACGCGCUGGGUUGUGGAGCCCAUCCCCGCCGCGCGGAGCAUGCCUCGCCUUCCACUUCCACGUCCGAUUGGGCUGCACGACGAGUUGCUGUUGCGGGAAAUCACGUACGUGUGGCCGAACGUCGAGGGGGCCCUCGUCAACCACGACGUGUUCUGCUUCAUGGGGAGGUCCGUGUUCCGGCUGAGGCACGAGCUGGCCCGGCGGCGGCUGGUGGACGUCUCUCAGCUCGCCAUGUGCCUCCCCACACGUUAUGGCCGUUUUUUCCCACUCGUCGUCGACCUGCCCCGCAACCAGGAGGCCCUCAUCGUCGUCGUCGACGUCGCGGGGACGCCUGGCCACGCGGCACUGCGGUACGCGGAUGUCGAUGCAUGGUAG